AGCUAACGAUUAAGCCGGGCUAUAUUUAGUUAACCAGCUACAGAGGGCUGCUCUGUCAGAACCAGCUCAGCUGUCUCACAGUGAAAUCUUUCUCCAGCUAAAGCCUCCCAGAGCAAGGUCAACUCAAAACAACCGCUGUAAAACUUCUCCACAGAAGGGCUUUCGCCUCGUUAUUCCUCCACGGUCUUCCUUACUAAAACAAGCGGGGCUUCGUGUGAGAUUUAGCCCGGUUAGCCUAGCGCUCCCACUUUCACUCAGGCUGCUCCGCUCUCCAGCACCACAACAACAGAAUCACCUCAGACAAUAACUGUCGAGUUCAGGCUUAGCUCGUGUUUAGCCAAAUAUAGAGGCUUAAAACCUCUUAAAACAUGAAUAAAAACCAUCCAGCUCAACAACCGGACCACUUUAAAACACCACUGACUGCACUAGCUAACGUGAUUUAACGCGCUGUGGACGUUAAAAACGGUUAAAGCUAGCCUAGUUUAACUAACCUAACGUUAGCUUAGCUUCUUAGCUAACAGUUAGUUAGCAAAGCUUUCCAAAAUAAUAACAGCAGAGCGGAGCCCGCCAGCCAUUUCUGCUCCUCUUUUUUGGGAGAAUGUCGUUCAAACUGGUAAGAUAAAGUUAGAUAGGUUAGUUAGUUAAGUGUUAGCUAAAUAAUUAACUAACUAAACUCGGGAUUGACUGAAAAACAGGCCAAACAGAACCGACACCUCGACUAACAGCUAGCUAACCUAGCUCAGGGUUUGGUGAUCUGUGCGGGCAGAGGGGGAUGGAUGGUCUGGAGGGAGCAGCGACCGAGCGGAUCCUGCUGGAGCCGUACAAUUACUUACUGCAGCUACCAGGAAAACAAGUACGGACUAAACUGUCUCAGGCUUUUAACCACUGGCUCAACGUCCCCGAGGAUAAACUGCAGAUUAUCAUUGAGGUGACUGAGAUGCUUCACAACGCCAGCCUCCUGAUCGACGACAUUGAGGACAGCUCUAAGCUGCGGCGCGGGUUCCCCGUAGCGCACAGUAUCUACGGCGUGCCCUCGGUCAUCAACUCCGCCAACUACGUCUACUUUCUGGGCUUGGAGAAAGUGCUGAUGCUGGACAACCCCGAGGCUGUGCACGUGUUCACCCGACAGUUGCUGGAGCUGCACCGCGGCCAGGGCAUGGACAUCCACUGGCGCGACACUUACACGUGCCCCAGUGAGGCAGAGUACCGCGCCAUGGUCCUGCAGAAGACGGGCGGGCUGUUUGGGCUGGCGGUGGGCCUCAUGCAGCUCUUCUCUGAGUGGAAGCGUGACCUGAAGCCCCUGCUCGACACGCUGGGGCUCUUCUUCCAGAUCCGGGAUGACUACGCCAACCUGAGCUCGCGCGAGUACAGCGCCAACAAGAGCUUCUGCGAGGACCUGACCGAGGGCAAGUUCUCCUUCCCCACCAUCCACGCCAUCUGGUCUCGACCUGAGAGCACACAAGUGCAGAACAUUCUGCGCCAGCGCACCGAAAACAUGGACAUCAAGCGGUACUGUGUGGACUAUCUGGAGAAGGUGGGCUCUUUUGCGUACACCAGAAAGACCCUCAGGGAGCUGGAGGCUGAAGCGUACAGAUUAAUCAAGGAGUUAGGUGGAAACCCGGAGCUGGAGGGUCUUAUAGAACAUCUCAGCCGGAUGUAUAAAGAGCCGGAGCCAGCAUCAUCAUCAUCAGCUUCAGCUUCAGCUUCGGAUAGCCAGUCGAAGCAAUGACCGGAGAACUGUGGGCAGCCCAAAUCCUGCCCAAAGUGGACGAUAUUGCAGAUUCUUUUUUUUUUUUUUUUUUUUACUGUAAUUUGCUAGCGUACUUACAACACACACAAACAUUAACACACACACACCUAGCAGACCAAGUUUUUUUUUUUAUUUGUAAGUCACAGAAGCGUUCAGGAGGCGUGGCUUUAUGAUGCAAUCUUUACAGAAACUCACUGUAGUUCUAGAGAUAUCUUGUGUCAGAAUAAGGGCUGGCCCGGACCGUAUUUAACAGCUUUAACAGCUUUAACAGCUUUAAAGUAGCACAAUCCUAUCUAUCCCGUCAGUCAAUACAGCAAAAAUUGCCUAAAUAUAUGCCUUAUCCACAUUUUACAUUUUCACCAUGCACACACUUUUACUGAACUCCUGAACAGCAGAUCAUUUUAAGGUGAUGCUGAACUAUUGCACUCAAAUAUCAGCACUGUAUUUAUUCCUCUCCCUUUGUAACCAAAUUAAUAAACGUUGAUUUACUAUUUAAGGUAGAUUUAACCCUAAAUUAUCUAUGUAUCUUAAAUAUUAACCUAAAACCAAUAAUAUUUACGUAUUGCUAAUCUCCUCACAAUGAUUUGCUGCUGCAAUAAAAACUAUCCAGUAGGCGGCAGCAGCAGCGCGUAUAGAAUAUGAGUGGUGUCAUAAAGGAACUGAAAUUAAUCGCAGAUAUUUUCGCCAGAUGAUUCGGGCCAGCCCUACACAGAACCCCUGGUAUAUAACAGUAACUGCUUCUUAACACAGUCUGUUGAAUGAGUUAAGUAAUAAUAUAAUAAUUUUUAUUCUUCAGUGUAUCAGAUUUCACCAUGCUAACCUUAAUGUGUCUUUGUGGAAAGAAAGUUGACGACUUAAGCCUUUAUUUUUACCUGCACUCUGCUCUCCUGAGCUUUGUUAGCGAUUAGAAUAAGUUGUUACAAGUUUUAUACUGUAUAUACAGUAUAGAUAAGAGGGUGAAAAUUGAGUAUACUCAAAUAUCCACAAAAUAUACUUAGAACCGGUCUGUGGGGCGCCAAGUGGUCCAGCGGUCUUAAACCCUGCCUGGUUUGAAUCCUAGUUAUGCAGCUGACCAUCAGUUGCCGGAGGCGUCUGUGAGCUGAUGUAUCGGAACCGACUCCCAAAAACCAAUGGUCUAUAACUAGUGUGUAGUACACAAUGGGGGCAUGGUGUGCAUCUUUGAGUGUGAUAUACAUUAUGUAUAUACAAGUGCAUCUCCAAAAAGUUUGAAUAUCAUUGAAAAGUUACUUUAUUUCAGUAAUUCAGUUCAAAAUGUGAAACUCAUAUAUAGAUGUAUUACACACAGAGUGAUCUAUUUUAAGCGUUUAUUUUUUUUAUUGUUGAUUAUUAUGGUUUACAGCCAAUAAAAACCCAAAAAUCAGAGUCUCAGAAAAUUAGAAUAUUACAUAAGACCAAUUGGUACUUUUGUCAGUGUGGGCAGUGUGCCAAGUCCUGCUGGAAAAUGAAAUCCACAUCUCCAUAAAAGUUGUUAUCAGCAGAGGGAAGCAUGAAGUGCUGUAAGGUUUUGCAGGAAAACAAAACUGCACUGACUUUAGACUUGAUGAUAAAACACAGUGGAUCAACACCAGCAGAUGAUGUGUUUCUCUAAACCAUCACUGAUUGGUGGAAACUUCACACUAGACCUUGAGCAGCUUGGACUGUGUGUCUCUCCACUCUUCCUCCAGACUCUAUUUUUUGGGUUUUAAUUGUCUGUAAUCCAUAAUCAUCACUAAUAAAAGAAAUAAAUGCUUAAAAUAGAUCACUCUGUGUGUAAUACAUGUAUAUAAUAUAUGAGGUUUACAUUAGAAACUGGAUUACUGAAAUGCACUAGUACUGUUGACUGUUAAGCCUGAUCUAUAGGCUCAUACUGUGCUCCACAAUACAGUGGGAUUUUAACUGGAACACUCCUACAAGCCAAAUUUCUUACUCAGACAAUCAGAAUCCAAGAUGUCUGAACCCCUAUCAACAGUAGUAUUAAAUAUCUAUUAGUGUCUCAUUAAAUCAGUCAGUCUUACACACUGUACUGUCCUUCUAACUUUUAUCUGUGGAGAUGUUUCCCAUGUUUCCCUGCUGUUUGGAUGCACAAUAUACCCUGUUUGAUACACUGUUCUCAACUGCUAUUGCUGACAGUGCUACUCUGGGACAAUGAUAGCUAAGAUCUAAAGGUCUACAUGGAAUACCGUCCAGUUGAGUGUAAUGUAAUUUCCAGCUCUGACAUACGAGAAAAAAUGCAAUGCAGAAUAAAUUUACCCUUAGAUUUUAUUUAUUCAUUUAUUUAUCCAUGAAUAAACUCCUAUCAGCCUUCAUAAGAACAGUCUGGAAUAUCAGAAUGUACAGUUUUUUUUUGUUUUUGUUCUGUUAAUUUUAUUUUAUGUUUACACUCCAAAGGACGAAUAAAGUUGAAUGUCCAAACACUUCUGGUAAACUCUCCUUUUUCUCCAGAGAAAAUCAUGAGAACUAGCAAUGCAGAAAAUUUAUCUAAAUGACAUAAUAACGGUUUUCAUGCGCUUUAACUCUAUUAAAUUCUUAAAUUGUUUUGAUGUUCAAGGUGGUGGAUCUGAGGAUUGCCUGUUUGAAUCCUGAGUCAUGCGGCUUCACCAUCAGCAGCCGGAGUCCGAGAGAGCACAAUUGGUUCUGCCAUGCUCUUUCUGCGUGGGUACAGUAGGUGGCGCACUCUCCCUUUAUCACUCCUAUUGUACUGUUGGUCAGCACAGGUUACUGUAUCAGAGCUUAGGAUCUGGUAUUUCACACUCCUCUUCGUGAGAAUUGCUGUGAUUGGUGGAGUUCUAAUGAAUAAAUUAAGUAAUUGGCCUUUAAAAUGGUUUAAAAUUAUGUGCUCUAACAGGACUCUAAUAUAACUUAAUUAAUAAAGUAAAUAAAAGAUCCAGAAUGAAUCCCACCAGAUCAGAUGCAGGUAAAUUUAACUACAGAGAAGAUAAAGAAGAAUUUCUCAUUCAGAAUAAAAUAAAUAAGAUCUUGUGAUUCUCCUGGAUGCUGUGUGCUCGUGGCUUGGUCUGCAGCUGUGUCCCAGUAUUUUUUCACAUUUUCACACUGUGGUCUAAUGUUUUGUGUGUGUGUGUGUUCUUUAAUUGAAUUGCAGAGGAGUCUGAUGCCAAUCAAUAACUCAUUUAUUUUGUAGACAACAUGUGCCUCACAUAAGGUGUGUGUGUGUGUGUGAGAAUAAAUAUUUUGCAGUUUUAUUAUUUUUCUUUCUUGUUAUUCUAUGCAUUUUUAUAAUAAGCAAUCAGGAAUUAAAAAAUCAUAUUAUAUUACAUUAUAUGUUACAAAACUGUAUUAUGAGGGUUUCUAUAAUAUAAUCAGCCGUUUAGAGUGUUUGGUAACAAUUAAA